AUGAGCGCUCACCACGCGCCGGGCCACCAACAGCCGUCCCUCCCGCCGCGCUCGCCGACGCAACAGCACCACGGCUCGGCCUCGGACCAGCCACACGCGGCGAUGCCCCAGCUGCCCCAGCGGCCGCAGCAGCAGCCCGGGCUGCCGCCGCGCACGCAGGGCUACGGCGGGUCGCCCGCGACGCAGCACCGGGUCAUCGACGACGGGUCGUCCCUGCCGGCACUCCCGGCCGUGCCCGCGCGCUCGUCGUCCUUCAGCAUGGAAUCCAUGCAGCACGCUCUGCCUCCCCUUCCCACACCUUACCAAGAGACGGGAGAUGACCGGACCCUGCCGCCGCCGCCGCUUCCGGGCCGAAUGCGUCAGAACACGGCGCCGCCGGCCUACGCCGCGGCCGCGGCUUCGCACAUGGGCCACAUGGCGUCUGACGCGGCGCUGAACGAAGACAACCAGCGGCAAGCGGGCGAGGCCAUCGCGGGCGCCGCUUCCAACCGCCAGUACCAGCAACAUAGCAGCUCCAACCCGUACGUCGCCUCCGUUGCCUCCAACGCCCAGGUGCAGCAAGGCGUUGGUAGCAUGUUUUCGGGUCUGGCCAAGAAUCGAGCCGUGCAGCAGCGGGCCGGCAGCUAUGCUGCGCAGGCGGCCCAGAGCGAGCAUAUGCAGCACAACGUCGCCCAGGGCGUAGCCUCGGCCUAUCCCUAUGGCGGUCAACAAUCAGAGCAGACUGGCUAUCUCGGCUAUGCGGACCCGCAUGGACAGUAUGGCCAGCACCAGCAACCGCCACUUCCGCCACCGCCCGGUGCCGGAGGAGAAGAGCUGCCGCCCGAGGUGGAACAGGCUGCCCAUUCGGCCGCCACCUACGUCACCAAGAGGGCUGGCGAUGCGGCGGCACAAGCAGCGCUGGACGAGGGCAACCAACGCAAAGUAGGCGAAGCUGUGGGCUCGGUGGCGACCAACAGCGAGUACCAGGCCAAGCUGGGCAGCUCGAUCGCGUCCAAUACGGACAACAAGUACAUGGCCAAGGCGGCCUCCAACAAAACGCUCCAAAAGGGCACCGGCAGUGCGAUCGGCUUCCUGGCCCGCAACAAGACUGUACAAAAGAAGACCGGCUCGAUGAUCGCCAAGAAAGCGCAGGACGAAGAGCUACAAAAGAAGGUGGCGGACGGCAUGGUGAGCGGCGGCAAACAGGCCGUGACGUCGGGCAGGGAACAGACCCACGGACCCGACGCGCAUCAUGGGGCGACUCACGGACCGCCGCCGCCACUGCCUCAGCACCAGCCGCCUGGCGGGUCCUCGUACUACGCCGCAGCGGCACAAGCCGGAGUGCACAGCAUGGGCGGCGCACCACCGCCUCGACCAGCACCGCCGCCGGCCGCUUACUACAAUGCGCAACCGCAGCAGCCGCCGCACCACUACCACUGA